CAGCAUAGACCACGCUUUUUGAACAACGUUUGUUUCUUUCUACUUCCAGCAGUGCGCCAUGAAGUUAGAACUCAGCAUUUUCGCUGUCCUGAUAGCCAUUUCUGCGGCGCAUUAUCCGUCACGUGGUCACUCAUUGUCACUAUGGGGCGGCGGAUAUCGCGGUAUGCGGGGCGGCUAUGGAUUCAGAGGUUUCGGUGGAGGACUGUUUAUGGGAGGCGGAUACAAUAUCUAUAAUCGCUAUGGUUAUGACAACGAUUAUUUUGAUAAUUAUCACGAUAAUUUUGAUGGAUUUUAUGGUGGUUUCGGCAGAUUUGAUAAUUUUGGUGAUUUCUAUGACAGUGACUGGGACAAUUUUGAUGACGACUACGGUCGGUAUAUGUCAUUCUAUGACCCAUAUCGUCCAAUGUAUGGAGGUUACCGACGAGGCUCAUGGGGAUGGCGGAGACCUGUAUACAGACCAAAAAUACCAGCACCUAAAUGGAAGUCACCGUACAAAUGGAGACCGCCAAUUAGGAAACCGAAAUGGCGACCGCCAAUAAGAAUACCGAAAUGGCGUCCACCAAUAAAGGCACCACCAAAGUGGCGUCCACCAAUAAAGGCACCACCAAAAUGGCGUCCUCCGAUCAAGAGACCAAAAUGGCGUCCACCAAUUAAGACACCACCAAAAUGGCGCCCUCCGAUCAAGAAACCAAAAUGGCGGCCUCCGAUCAAGACACCAAAAUGGCGUCCACCAAUUAAGACACCAAAAUGGCGUCCACCAAUUAAGACGCCAAAAUUUCCCCCACCUUUCAAGGCACCAAAAUGGCGACCACCAAUUAAGAAACCAAAAUUUCCCCCACCUAUAAAGGCACCAAAGUUUCCACCACCUUUCAAAGCACCAAAAUGGAGACCUCCAAUCAAGUCGCCGAAAUUUAGACCACCACUUAAAUUGCCAAAAUGGAGGAGACCCUAUCCAAAGAAAUACUAGAUACAAUUUUGAAUAUUUCAAAGACAUUUCUAAAUUCCAUCUUCCUGAUAUAAAUUACAAAAGGAGUGUAUAUUUUUUAAAAUGUAAAAUUUGAAAAA